GGUUAAACCCUGGGGACGAGGUUGCAUGAGCAAAAAUGGCGGAAGAUUUGACAUAACUUCACGAUUAGGAUUUUUCAUAACCAGCUGACGAUAUGAAGAGAUGCAAAUCACAUUCUAAGAGAAGAACUAUUGUUCCUGACUCUCACGUAAUAAAUGAAGUACAAAAUGUGUUACGGGGUCGAAUUUUUCAUGGCGAUAUUCCGCCAGACUUGCGUGGUUUAGAAGAGCAAAAGAGGUAAGCAAACUGAUUUGGACAUAAAAGAUGUUGUACGCCCCGUUGAAGAGAAGUCUCAUACCAGUUUUUGCACUCUCGAUUUAAUCUCUUAUCCUUAAACUGCUUAGCUCUGUACACUGAAGUUCACUAAACUUUGACUGUGAGGCAAAAAACCUGGUAUGACAUUCUGCUCUAUCGAUUAGUUCGUUUCUCCAGGACGUUAAAUGUCGAUAAUUUCGAUAGUCGAUUAAAAUCGAUCGUCGUCUAUAAAAGUCAAUACUAAUCAAUCGACAGACAUCGGAAAUCGAUGUAAAUCGAUCAUCAAAUUUCGUGUGAUUAUCGAUUUCUAUCGAAAUUGGUGAUAGAGUUCGAUUCUAUCUGAAAACUAUUGGUAGUUAAAAAAGGGGAUCAGAGGCAAUAGUUUCAAUAUCCGUUUGCAAAUUUUGAACAAGUCAUCUGUUUGAAAAGCGUUGACAACAGCUGUUCUCAGAAAGGUCUCAGAAGUCGAUCGAAAUUGAUAACCUGUCCUAAGAUCAUUGUGAUUAUCGACUUUUAUCAACAAAGAUAACUAAUCAAGCAACAAUUACAGUCAACUCUCUCUAAGACAGACACCUUUGGGACUGGCACUAAGUGUCCGUCUUAGAGAGGUGUCCAUCUUAUAGAGAGUCAAAGGGAGUAAAGAAAGGCAGGGAUCAACUAAAUGUCUGUUUUACAGAGGUGUCUGUCUUAUAGAGGUGUCCGUUACGAGAGAGUCGACUGUAUUAUUGACAAAUAUCAAGCACUAUCCAUUUAUUGACUAGCUUUCUGAGGAUCAAUUUCGAUCAACAUGUAAUGUCCUGCUUUCUUACGCCUUGUGGUCGUAUCUAGAUCUGUUCUGUUUAUGGUUCCUCUGACCUAUUUACCAAUCAUUUCAAUACUUGUCGUUUUGAUACAAAUUUAUUCAGUGGAGGUGUAAAUGAUUUCACAUACUUGGCGUAAAGAACAAAGAGUAUUCACCCGAAUUAUUUUUCUUUUUCACGUGCAAACAAAACUUUUGUGCAAUUUCACUGCUUGAGUUUGCAUCGAAACGGCUGGUAUUGAAACAACCGGUUUCCCUAUUUAUACUCCAAAAUUUUCUUGAGAGAGUUAAGUAGCACUUCUGUAACACUGUAACUUGUGUGGAAAUAUGCAAAACACAAACUGUGGAUAAAUUACAUUUUUUGCAACUAGACUACCAGUACAGAAUACAGGACCAUAUUGUAAGGAGUGUAACAAGCCAUACAAUUAACAGAAAUGGUUAUUAUAAUUCAGUAAGGUGGGAGCAAGUGGCUCUGUAUUCUAUUGUUUUGACUAAAUAUUUCCUCAUAGUGAGUGUCUCUAAGAGUGAAAAAAAAAAUGCACUUUUUAUUUGAGUGUCAAUGUAUUAAGCACGAAAGUACUAAUAGGGGACACUGUAUUUUACGUCUCCAACUGGAGACGGUACCGCCAUUUUACGUGGUCAUCCGAGCCACGCAAAGGUCUAGCCUGUUGCAGUGCAAAGGGAGCACCUUCAUUUCUCGGUUCUUUUAAGACCCUGAGUAUUGGUCCGGCCCCAGGAAUCGAACCCACGACCUCCUGCUCUGCAGUCAACACACUCUACCAACUGAGCUGACACUGCCGCAGUUACACUGCCGUGGUGAAUAGACUGAAUAGCUUCAUGCAUAAUUGGUUUCAUUUCAUUCCUUUCUUCUUUGUCACCAGGGAGUUGUUAGAUCUGAUAAAGAGGUGUGCACAAUAUGGUGAAAGUAACUCUGUUUUACUGAUUGGUCCAAGAGGUAGUGGAAAGUCACUGGUAAGAACUCUGUCAAAGUUCUGUAAUGCAGUGAAACUCUUGCUAAUUGUCUGUCAUAUAAGAGCCAUUCCAGCUUUGCUUACAAAAAUCACAGUUUUUUUGUCAUUGUAGUUUACAUUGAUUCUGUGCUGCAGCAACUACUGAACUUCAAUUCCUUGGAUUCUUUGCUCUACCUAUGGCAGGGCUGUGCUCUAGCAGUGCCCAGUGGCCCUUGGCGCCUAACUUUUGCCCUCGGGUGACUGAAAAAUCUCAGAUUUUUCUUACAAAUCAUAAAUUAUGCCGGGCACCCUAGAUUUUACAGUUUCAGAGCACUGUGCUCCCUUCAAUUUUCUUUAGAGCACAGCCUUGCUAUGGGAUUGCAGAUUAAAGAAACCAAGAAUUUCCAUUGCUUUAUCUUCAGCUUGUCAAGACCAUUCUGGAGGAUUUAUAUAAAACAAAAGGGGUGAAACAGAACAUGUUGGAAGUUCAUUUAAAUGGUAAGAUCGUGUAGCAUGAUACAUCAUAUUAUUGCCUUGGGCACUAAAACUCAAAAAAGGAGAAAAAGGAAAAAUGAGAACAGUCAAGCCUCCAUGUGCGACCACCUUUUGUAAGUGACCACUUCUCUAAAACACCCAACUUUUCCUGGUCAAAGUCUGAUCAGAACCUGACCUAAACAACUACCUUUCAUAAGCAAACAUGAGCACAUUUUAGCUUAUGGUUAAUUUAGUUUUCCAUUACUUUCAAGGAGCCCAAAAUUGUGACCUCCUUUAAUUAAUUCACAUUCUUUCAUGAAGGCAUGAACCAAUCAGAAGUCGAGGACAGUUUCCAGCUGGCUUCUGAUUGGAUUAAAUCUGCACAAGAGAAUGUGAAUAAUUUACACACUUUUGGGUUUCUUGCUGUAAUCUCUUGUAAGGAAUCACACAUGGUAUGGUCUCUUUCUCCGUAUGUACUACACCACUUAAAUUAUACAAAAAACUGUCAGUGACAACAUGGCACUACAUGUAUAUGUUACAAGUGAAAUUAAAUUCAGGUGCAAAUUUUUUAACCUAGGUUGACUCUCUAUUUCCUUUGUCUUGUAGCCCUAAUUUAUUAUUCAUGAAUCAGGGCUAGGGGACAAAUUUUCACCUGAAUUUAAUUUUGUCCUGUAACAUACAUGUGUAUACGUAACUUAGAAAUUGCAUACAAUAAAUUUUACGCCAAAAAGUAGAUGUGUCAGGACUUUUUCUUGAAAGAGAGUCCCUGUGGUUUGAUUCUUAUAAACGACCACCUCCUCCCAUAAGCAACCACUAAAUCUUUCAAUUUUGGGAGGUUCAACAUUUCAUCAUUUCAUCUCAGAAACUAGUGGUUGUGAAACAACAUGUAUGGAUAGACUUGGUAUAAACUAGGCCACUCACUGGUUUUAGUAAAAUCCAACUAGUGGUUUAUUAUCAAUGCUGCUUUCUGAUUGGCUGAGCUACUACUAGGCUAUAUGUUAUAGCCCACUAGUUACGAAAAGCGCCGGCUUUGAAAACCAAAACAAUGGCAGCUGAAUCGCAUUUUUGCUAGCUAAAGUUGUUUUGUCUCAAUAUUUUUGACCAACUAGUUGGAUUUUACAAAAACAAUAUUAUUCCUCUCACCCUCAUGGCCUCUGAGUCAAUAGCCCAUGGGGCCGAAGGCCGAAUGGGCUAUUGACUCUGACCCCCUUCGGGCCCAUUCAACUUGGGUUUGAAUGACUUGAUAAUGAGCUGCCCAAUUGCUGUGGAUGAUUGUUAUUAAUUUUUUAUUUUUUUUAUUUUUUUAUAUAAUGUACAUAAUGUAGCAAAAGUGAUUUUCAUGCAUGGUCAUCUGAAAUCCUCAGAUUCAGGUGUAAAACCUCUGUUGCCAAGAGAAGACAGCCAAAAUUUGUGAUGCCACUAGUUUCUUCACUAAAUGAUGGCUGACAAGAUCUUGAUAGUGCUUCUGUUUGGUCAUGCCACUCAGGAAAUUUGUUUCAACCCAAUCAGAAGCCCUACCCCAGGGCUCUUUUGAGGCUGGAUGCUUAUUAACUAUUCCUACCUAUGGGGUGGGUGUUUAUUCAAGGUGGAUGCUAAUUUGAGGUUAGGCACUUAAUCUAAGAAAUAAUAAUUAUUAUGGUAUUGAUCGUUAGGGUUGGUGCAAACAGAUGACAGAUCAGCUUUGUUGCAAAUAACAAGGCAGCUACAACUAGAAAACACAGUGGGAGACAAAGUAUUUGUAAGUAUUUUAAUAACAGUAUGAUAUUUGAGAAUUUAAGGAAAGCUUCAACAAAACCUGGAUUGGAUUGGAUAAGAUCAAACCCCUUAACUUGCAUAGUUCAUCAGGGCUGUGCUCUAGCAGAGCCCGGUGGUCCCUGGUGCCCAACUUUUGCUCCUGAGCGACUAGAAAAUCUCAGAUUUUUCAUACAAAUCAUAUGCUGGGACAGGUUCAGAGCACUGGGCACCCUUUAAUUUUCCUUAGAGCACAGCCCUGUUCAUAAAUCUUGAAAAGGUCCUUGAAAAGUACUUGAUUUCUUUAUUUGGUCUUAAAAAGUCCUUGAAAUUCUCAACCUUGUCUACACCAGACAACUUUUUCUAUAAAAUUAGAUUAUUUUGCCGAGGAAAAUUAGGCUCAUCCGCGGUAUAUAAGAACCUGUGAAACUCACGGGUAAUGUAAAACAUUUUGGUGCAUGAACAAUAUUUUAGUUCUGUUUCUUUAUUUCAAAUGCUAUUCUGUACCUCAGAUGCAAUUGCAAGUCAUACCCAGUUAUUUUGCAGAGUCUUGUUGAAAUUUGUUUGUCUGAAGUUGUACGAACCAUGUAAAUGACAAAUAUUGAGGGGCAGAGUGGCAACCAUUGAUCCAGUCUAGUCCAGUCCAUGUUUGUUCACUUGUUUUGCUCUGGUUUUGAGUCAAAUCCAGGAUGGACUGGAACACAGUAGAUGACAUGUUGCUGCAACACAUUCUGGCAACCAACUACUCCUUGUGAACAGCAACAAAUUGCAGCAUCAAAUCACUGUGCAUGUACUGGAAAAUAUUUGCGAAAAUCUUUGUCCCUGUGAUUGAAAUUUUCUUGUUGCGAUAAAUCAAACAAAACCAAAUCUAUUAGAAUUUGAGCAGCUUGUUGCAGUGGCAAAAUUCUGUGUCAACCAGUAAACACAAAGCAAUUUGUCGCAAUGUAGGUGACACUAGGCGACCUGUCAGGUAAUAUGUUCCAAUCUUUACAUCAACCUUUAAUUAAUUUUCAGGGCUCCUUUGCUGAAAACCUAGUCUUCUUACUAGAUGCACUGAAAAGUGGUGGGUGUUUAUAUUCAUCUGCUGGAAAAAGGACUUUAUAAUAAAUGACUUGAUAAUAACGUCAAAAUUGUCUCCUUGUCUUAGGAGCAACCAUCAGGCAAUUUUGAAUGAGAAUCUAGCAAAUGAAUCUUCUUUGUGUUUAUCGUCCUAACCAUCUCACAAAUAUUGGAGGCAUGUGUGGCCGAGUGGUUAACACCUUGAACUCCAGAUUUGCAGGUCUGGGGUUCAAGCCUCGCCCGUCGCGUUGCUUCCUUAGACAAGGAACUUUGCCUCACUUUGUCUCUCUUCAUCCAGGUGUAUAUAAAUGGGUACUGGUGUGGGGUAACCCUGCGAUGGACUAGCAUCCUGUCCAGGGGGGAGUAGCAAUACUCCUAGGUACUUCGUGCUAAUAAAAUCGGAAAUAAGCUCCGGCCAUUUGGACCUUUGGCUCGUAUGCGCCUUUAACUUACCAUCUCACAAACAGUGUACAUUGCAAGUACAAGUAAGGAAGUAUACUCGUCACCUUAUACAGUUGACCCUCCAUUAAGUAGCCACCCUCAGGGUAACAGCAAGUCGCUGCUUGAUGAAGGGUGGCUUCUCAAUAGAGUUCAUCAGAAAUUAGCAUUAUAUUUAGCAGAAAUAUACUUUAUUCUGAAACAAACACCUUCAGGGGCUUGUGACAACUUUCACCCAAGAGAUAGCUCUUAUGUUACAAAGAAGCAAAUUAUUCUCAAAAUGUUAUGAUGAAGUUCUCCCAGCUUGACACAAACUACACCAUAAACUACUGGCAUGAACUUUAUAACCAGAAAAGGUGGAAGUGCUUAUACAGUAACAAUAAAAACAACAGAAUACGUACUGGUCCAUAAACAUUUGCCAAUUUCUAUCUCUGGCUGUAUUUUUCUUCAUCACAGUUUCAAAACAAAACCAAACAUAUGCUUAGAAUAAUUAUUAUUCUAUUCUAUAUUAUACAUUAUUCUUUCUUUUGCAUUGUAAAAUAAUAGGUUACCAGUUAUAUAUUUAUGUAUAUAUUUAUUGAAAACUGAAUCAUUGGAUAAUGCAAUAUUCUAGAGUUCUUAUUGGCUUUAGCCAUCUUGGUGUAUGAGCCUUUAUACCAUGCUCUCCAAAUAUGGUAACUGUACAUGUCUGCUCAAAAUUAAAAACAAGCUGAAAAUUGGUUGUUUUAACAAAUAAAGUGGGGAAGAAUUCUCAAUAUUUUGUAGGCAUUUUUAAUAAAACAAUUAUUCCACUCGCACUUAUUGGAUAUGAGAUGAUUAUAGCCAAGUUAGCGCUACGUGUCUUAUUGGCUAUCUACCAUCUUAUAUCCAAAGCGCACUCAUGGAAUAAUUGUUAAAUAAUAUACAUUUUUAAUUAUCUUAGUUGAGCAGAUGAAGAGCCACUCAGUGGAUAUGCUGGAAUAACUUAGCCAUUAUCAUUGUUGUUAUUAUUAUUAUUAUUAUUAUUAUUAUUAUUAUUAUUAUUGUUAUUGGAAUUAUUCUAUUCUUUUUGGGAUUACUAACUGCUUCAAAGGGCAUGGCUGCCUAAUGGUUUAAAGUUCACUAUAGUUUGUAUUUACAGGUGGCCAGGAUAGUCAGUCAGUCCUGUUUAUUCUGGAUGAGUUUGACUUGUUUACAAACCACAAAAAUCAGUCAUUGCUAUACAACCUGUUUGAUGUGUCACAGUCUGCCCAGACUCCCAUCUGUGUAAUCGGGCUCACUUGUAGGCUGGUAAAUCUGUGCUGAAAUGCAUAAUUGUUAGUGUAUUGUUGUUCCUUCUUUAAGUACAGUAAUUGACUAGAAGAGCAUUACAUGCACCAUAAAUAUAAAGGCCUCUUCAGCUUUUAUUAGAUACCCCUCUCUAAUAAAUGCCCCAUGUGACAAUAUUAUUACUCCACAAUACCAGUAAAUGGCAAAAAGGAGCAAAAUCAUUCAAUUUAUUUACGCAGUUUCUUGCUUGUUUAACAAUGGGUUGUGCAUUGCGUCUUGUUCAGUGUCAAGUUCAAAGUAAGGAUAGGUUAACUAUGACAACACAAUGACCCUGAACAAAGAUUCUGACUUCAAAGUUGAGAUUUGAAAGAGAAUAUGGAUCUCUAGAUGACCUAGACGUAUUAUAGAUGGACUGGAUAUUCUGUUAUUUAAGAACUCUCCUCAUAUUUUUGCCGAAAGCAUGUUACUUUUGUGGAGCUUGUUACAGCUAAUGAGAAUUAUUUCUUCUUUUUUUUAAAAUGCCCCCUCUUGGACCCCUAAAAUUAAGUAAAUGCCCCUGGCAUCUACAUAUAGGUCAUAUAUGAUAAGUCCUGUUUUUUUGCCUGAAGGAUGUUGUAGAACUUCUUGAGAAGAGGGUGAAGUCCAGGUUUUCACACAGACAGAUCCAUCUUUUUAACUCAGGGACAUUUGAUGAUUAUCUUGAAGUUGUUAGGUAAGUAUAUUAUUAAAUUAUGGCAGUUGUUAGGGUAGAUAGUAUUUACUGAGUUCAUUUCAAACAUUUUACAGUCUUUAUCCUGAAUAACUGAUAUUUUUAGUGGCAAAAAGUACGAUUAUCUUCCAAGAAACAUAAGGGGUGGAUGCAGGUUUUUGUAAGGGUGGCUGGUACCAAUCGACCACAAACAAAACGUGAAGUUUAAUUUGUCCUGUGGCAUCCCCGAAAUGUGCUGUUGUGAAAGGAUGUUGAAUAGGAACCCUUAACACCGCAAAUUCUCAUCAUGCCACGAAAUACAAUGUAGAUUUUCUGGCAGAAUGCAACAUUAUGCAUAGCAUGAAAAUAAAGUGCAACUAAAACUUUUGUAACAAACAUGUUCGUUGGCCAAAAGGGGAGGAGGGAUGGUUAGCCACCUAAUCCACCUUCCCUGGUUCCACCCCUGAACAUGGGUUUAAAAUUUGGAGUUUUUGCUUCUAUCACAAUCGACAAAAUGAAUAUACAGUUGUAGUGUUCUAAAGCAUAAGUUAACAAUUUUUUGUUUACAUUAUAGGUCUGUUUUAACAUUACCAUCAAGCUUUAAAGACAGACAAUUUGUUCAAGCCUGGAGUACCCAUGUUGCAGUAAGAAUCUGAAAGUUUGUUCAGUAAAAUUGAGAAAUAGUACUAUCUGAAAGUAAUUUUUAGCCUGUCAGUCAGUAGUAAGCAUUUCCAGUUGAGUUAUUGCACAAAAAAUGGUGCAAGAGCAAAAGAAGUGGAAGAUUGAAGGAGAAGAUGGAGGGGGAAAGAGCAAAUGUUUGCCUACAAACCCCACAAUUCUGGAAAACAACCCUUGAUAUUUCUCAUUGCAGUUCAUUUGUAUAUAUUGACAGCUUGUCAACAUAGGAGCCAGUAACAUGAAUAACAGACAGAAUAGAUUACCAGAUUUGUAAAGUUAACUUUGUUCUCUUUAAAACCUGCUCCACACAAAAGCAGAAAACUAAAAUUUUAUAUUAAAACCUAGCUUAAUGAUACAAAAGGAUUGAACUCACAGUUUUUCAGAAUCAUGGGGUUUGCAGGCAAGCGUUUCCUUCUUUCCCCUCCCCCUCCCCCUUCAUUCCUCCUUUUUUCUCCUGUCCCAACUUUCUCAACUAACUCACAUGGAGACACUUGCUUUACAGGCUAAGUAACUUGAAAUGGGAGUGCCCAUUACUCAACUUAUGAAAUAUUUUGAUUUUUUUCUUCAUUUUGUGUUUAAAGGAUCUGUUAGAAGACAGUUCUUCACAGGUAGUUCUCAAGAGACAAUUCAGCAUUGCAAAGGACAUUAGAAGUUUACAUCAACUUCUAGUGAGUAACUGAACUAAAAAAUUAAUCAUUCUAAAUGUCUGUCUUGUACAAAAUAGACCCACUCAAAUAACCUAGUCAAAAACAUACUCAACAAAGAACCAGUUUGCUGCAAAACUGAAUAUGGAGUUAAUAAAAGCUUUUCAUCAUUUUUCUGUCUGUCAAUUAAGGUACAGUGGGAUCCUGGGGAAUCCCUAAAACCUCCUUAGGCGGUUGAAAAAAUCUAGGGUAAAUAUUAGAGUGUUUCACUGGGGAAGGAAAGUAAGUUUUAGUUUGAAUUAUCAGGAGGCUCAGGAAACUGAGGGUUUGAAAAAUUAGGAUUCUAUUGUCAGUAUACCAUUUUAAAAUAAUAUAGAAUUGUUAGUAACAGUAAGUUAAGUGAGGUUCAGAAUACUAGUUUCGAAUUUUUUUUUCAAGCACUGUUUUUCAUACAGGGUAUUAAUAUUAUUUUGUAAAUUGCUUUGGUCUGUUGCUUGCUAAUAACCUUUUAUUUCCAGUAACUAUAAUUACAAAAUCUUAAUACAAUGGCUAUGUUGUAUGUUCUUUGCUUUUGACUAGAAUCCAUAAAUGCUCGUUUUUUAGGCCUUUCCAGUUUGCAGCCUUUGUCCAGAUCACCCAUUUAUUGACCCCAAGGAUCUAGUUGAUGCACAGCUAAAGAUGGGAGUGGAUUGCAAGACAGCGAUGUUGUGUGGUGGGUGUUCUUUAUGUUCAUGUUUUCCUCUACAGUGAAUAAAAGAACUUGAAAAAAUUCAAGCUUGACCAGGAAUCAAACUCUGACCUUUGUGAUGACCGGACACAACACUCUAUCCACUCUAUCUAUGUAUGAGGUCAUACAGUUGUAAUAUACUGUACCUGAUGGUGGAAAUGACAUGAAUUGAAAUAUCUGAAAUGAAUCAUAUUAUUUUGAGCUGCAGAUAAAGAUAUGAAAGUGAACAUGAUCUCCGUAGUAGACUGAACAACCUAAGUGGUUGUUAAAUAAGAAAAAUUAACCUUGAAUUAGUGCUGGUCAGUUGGUUUAAAAUCCUUUAAGUCCCAGUAUCCACAUACAAAUCCUCCAAACUGAUCUCUAUACAUUUCCUUAAGGAAUUAGUUGAGAGAAUGUGGUAGAAGAUCAAAGCAUUUUCUCUUAGGUGAUUAUUUCAUCAAUUCUCACAACCUUUUCUCUUGACUAUGUAUGGAUAUUGUUAGGAGAAAAUAGAUGUUUGUCACUUUGGAACUUAAAGGGUUCAAGGAGAUUGGGUUCAGAUUUUGUUAGUGGGAAUGGGGUGGUGGUAAAAAUUAUAUGCUUCAGUCAAUCCUCUUUACACUGGCUUCUUUGGGGACUGUGGUAAGGAACCAUUGUUGAGAGAUGGCAAUUAUGGGGAGGGAAGGAGUAACACAACUAGGCCUUUCCCGAUUGCGCUCGUAAAAUCCUAAAAAAGUGCUGGCAAAAAUGGCUAAAAAGUGCUCAAAAAGUGCUCAAAAUCUCAAAAAAGUGCUCAAAAAGUGCUAAAAGUUGUGAACAGUUACCUCUAAGCUUUUCAUAAAUAUGUCAAUUUUUACUGAGGUAAUUAACAAUCUAUUUUGCGUAGUGUUAUUCGACAGGUUGUUACGAAAGGUUGAUAGAAUAUAGAACAAAAUAUUUUUAAAAAACUAAAGCCGCUUACGAAUUGUAAAUAAAUUCAGCAGUACUAGCAUCAGAUGAUUUAGAAAUUUGAGAUGACACACGCAUGAUACAUCAGCCAAUCAGAAGCUUCUAUUCUCACGCUCAGUGAGGAUAAGUCCACGUGCCUUUCCAUGACAACGGUCUUUUAUUCUUGACAACAUCAUUAGUUAUUCAAAUUAAUGACCUGGAACACGAUUCUUGUUGCGAGCGACACACAGUUUUUGCUUUAAAAUGUUUUAGAAGACAUAUGUUGCUCGAAAUUUGCUCGAAAUGUGAAAUAUUGCUCAAAUGUUGCCCAAAGUGCGAAAAAGUGCUUAAGGGUGCUCAAAAUGCAAAAUAGUGCUCCAAACUCAAAAAAGUGCUCAAAAGGUGCUCAGCGCAAUCGGGAAAGGCCUAAACACAACACCAGUUUGGGACAAGGACUGACAUGUAAAUAUUUUCAAAAAGCCUACCAAAAUAUAAAAGAAAAAUCAAAAGCAUAGAACCAACAUAAUAGACAGAGGGAUUGAUCAAUAGAUAGAUAGACAGACAUGUGGAAAGAGAGACAGAUGGAUGGACGGACAAACAGACAGACAGAUGGAAGGACAGAUGGACAGAAAGACUGACAGACAGACAGACAGAUAGACCUGUAGAAAGACCUCCAUACAGUCUGACAGACAGACUGACAGACAGAAUGAAUAAAUAAUGAAAUGAAUCACCAUUUCAAAUGAGACGAUUGGGCAUUGCUUACAUUUUUUAAAUAAUUGCAGUUGAUCUUACCUAAAGUGAUAAUUUCUUUUGAUUAAACAUCAAAAAUGCGGACAAGAUUUUCUAGGUUCUCAAAGAAACCUUUUUUACAAUUCGGAGGUCUAUAAGCUGGCACUACGACAUUAACAGCCUUGCUGUUCAGCUUGAUAAUUUCAACACUCAGCAUAAUAAAGAAAGACAGACAGACAGACAGACAGGCAAAUUGUCACAGGGAUACAUAGGCAGACUGACAGACAGGCAGACAAAGUCAAAGGGUUGUAGUGAGUACAUAAUAAUGUACAUCAUUUACUUUUAAGUUACCUUUUGGCACACAACUUAGUGCCUGUUGCCAUUGCAGAGAGUUUGCCAGCCAUUAUAGAGAGGUUAAAACAAAAUCAAAUAUAUGGGGCUGUCCACUGGGACAAAUGUCAUCAUGUAGCAAAGAGACAGCCAAUCAGACAUGAGGCACCUCAACUGCAAACAGCAAUGGUAAUUCAUUUGUUGUUUUGAAGUUUGCUCGCAUGCCCUGAACUUUUAUAGUGAUUGGUUAGUUACACACAAUUGACUAGUCUGAAUCAAAUCAAAGUGUUCAUAGUUCAUAGAUCAGUACCUGGCCUUACUGUUACUGUUAACUUUAUUUUUACUCUGAGGGAGCCCAAUGUCUAUAAGCCUCAUGGUUUCUUUUUGGACUUCCUCGCCACUUUCAUUUGCUUUUGUGUAACUGUCUUGUUUUAUCGUUAUUUGUAUUUUGUGGUAAAUCAAAUAAAGUUACAAAGUUAAAGUUACAAAGUUACCAUAGUGGCUGGGAUGCUUUGAGUCAGGACAUGUUGCUUAACUAUGUAGUGUCUCAUUGCUUCUUGCAGGUGUUUCAGUGCUGGAGCUGUGCCUCAUCAUUGCCAUGAAGCAUCUGACAACAUUGCAUGAAGGAGAGCCUUUCAAUUUUGAGAUGGUCUACAAAGGUAUAUAAAAUAUUUGGCUCUUCAUAGUAAUAGUGAAAAACAGUGCAAAGGCCAUGAAAAACUGGUUUUGUCAGGGGAGUUCUAACACAAGAAAAUGACUGACUAUUUUCUUUGUUCAGAAUAAAAGAAUAUAGGUACCAUAAUAGAGAGGUCAUAUGACAGGGGGUACCAUGCUAGGAUAAACUUGACCACUCUAGGAAAUGUAAAAUAAAAAUUUUCUCAAUAUGUCUAUAGCUUCCGUCAGUGUCAAAAUUCAUUAGGGCAAUCAAUAGGGCUGUCCUCUUUUUCUACUGUGUGAAUUAUCUUGCCUGAACAGGAAACAAAAUUUACAGUCAGUUUUUGACCAGCAUUGCCUCAGAGAGAUGGGGUGGAAUGCAGGCUUAAAAAAUGACAGUGUCUCUAAUUGUAGUCUGGCUGCAUAGCAAACAAAAGUUGCUGAUCAUGAAUAGGCCAUGCAGCUUUUAAAAAGGAAAUAAUCUCUAACUUGUUACUACUGUAAAUCUGUAUACUAUGUGUGCAAGAAGGACAGCAUGAGCUCCAUUAAGUGAUAGUCUGUGUUUAAAAAAUAUUUUUAGCUAAGUUAUUAAAAUGUGUAAUGAUGUUUUUAUGUUAGUAACUUCAAUGUGCUUAUCCUUUUUUCUUCUGUUAAUUCAUUUUGGUAUUUUUAGGUAUAUAAUGUCAUACCAUUAAAAGUUAAAUAUUCAGUUGUCUUAUUUCACUUCAUCAGCACUGUUUCUACUAAAGAAAUUUAACAAUUUUUAAUUUUGCAGAAUAUCAGAAAUUUUCCCAGAAGAAAGGGCAUGCUGUUCAGUCGUUUGAAAAACCUGUUGUUUUGAAGGUAAUUCUUGUUGAUUGUAUUAAAGCCAUUAAAACCUUAUUUUAGAACAAGGGGAGAGGUGUGUAAGAUUAGGGUACUGAAUUUCCUAAUUCCCAUACUAUCCUGUUUCCUACCCUCCUUGUCCAAUACUAUCCUGGUUUCUACCCCCUAAUCCCAUGCCAUCCUGGUUUUUAGCCCCUGAUCCCAUACCAUCCUGGUUUCUACAACCUGAUCCCAUACUAUCCCGGUUUCUACCCCCUGAUCCCAUACCAGCUUGAUUCCUACCCCCUGAUUCCAUAACAUCCUGGUCCCUACCCCCUGAUCCCAUACCAUCCUGGUUCCUACCCCUGAUCCUAUAGUAUCCUUGUUCCUACCCCCUGAUGAUUCCAUAUCAUCCUGGUUCCUACCCCCUUGUGUCAUACCAACCUGUUUUCUAACUCCUGGCCUCAUACCGUCCUGUUUCCUAUCCCUUGCUCCCAUNUCAAUGUGCUUAUCCUUUUUUCUUCUGUUAAUUCAUUUUGGUAUUUUUAGGUAUAUAAUGUCAUACCAUUAAAAGUUAAAUAUUCAGUUGUCUUAUUUCACUUCAUCAGCACUGUUUCUACUAAAGAAAUUUAACAAUUUUUAAUUUUGCAGAAUAUCAGAAAUUUUCCCAGAAGAAAGGGCAUGCUGUUCAGUCGUUUGAAAAACCUGUUGUUUUGAAGGUAAUUCUUGUUGAUUGUAUUAAAGCCAUUAAAACCUUAUUUUAGAACAAGGGGAGAGGUGUGUAAGAUUAGGGUACUGAAUUUCCUAAUUCCCAUACUAUCCUGUUUCCUACCCUCCUUGUCCAAUACUAUCCUGGUUUCUACCCCCUAAUCCCAUGCCAUCCUGGUUUUUAGCCCCUGAUCCCAUACCAUCCUGGUUUCUACAACCUGAUCCCAUACUAUCCCGGUUUCUACCCCCUGAUCCCAUACCAGCUUGAUUCCUACCCCCUGAUUCCAUAACAUCCUGGUCCCUACCCCCUGAUCCCAUACCAUCCUGGUUCCUACCCCUGAUCCUAUAGUAUCCUUGUUCCUACCCCCUGAUGAUUCCAUAUCAUCCUGGUUCCUACCCCCUUGUGUCAUACCAACCUGUUUUCUAACUCCUGGCCUCAUACCGUCCUGUUUCCUAUCCCUUGCUCCCAUAACAUCCUGGUUCCUAUCCCCUGGUCCUAUGCCCUCCUGGAUUCUACCCCCUAAUCCUAUACCAUACUGCUUCCUACACCCUUGUCUCAUAACAUCUUGGUUCUUACCUCUCUGAUGAUCCCAUACUGUCCAGGUUCCUAUCAGGUCCCAUUUCAUUCUGGUUCCUAACCCCCCCGUUCCCAUACCAAUCUGGUUCUUACCCCCUGCUCCCAUACCACCUUGGUUCCUACCCCUUUCUCCCAUAUCAUCCUGGUUCCUACUUCCUUUCUUCCAUAUCAUCCUAGUUCCUACUCCCUGCUACCAUACCAUUCUUGUUCUCACUCCCUGCUCCCAUACAAUCUUGGUUCCUACCCCUUUGUCCCAUAUCAUCCUGGUUCCUACUCCCUGCUCCCAUACCAUUCUUGUCCUUACCCUCUGCUCCCACAUAAUCCUGGUUCCUACUCCCUUCUCCCAUAUCAUCCUGGUUCCAACCCCCUGCUCCCAUACCAUCCUUGUCCUUACCUGGACCUCCUUGUUCUCCCUGCUUUCUUACCAUCCUAGUUCCUACUCCUUGGUUGGUGGUCCCAGCUGGCUUUUAACCCUGUAAGAUGUUGACUUCUGCCAUGCACGUAGAAAAGUAGACAGUGUACUUGACAGUUUCCCUCCACCCACUGUGGCUCUUACUCAGUAUCUGAAAAAAGAGAAAACCAAUAACUGAUUUUAUGAAUGAUUAAUUUUGCUUUAUUCUGUUAAUGUCUGUUGUUAAAAUGUUUUUUGUAGUAUUGUAAAUGUAAUUAUAUAAUGUGAUUAUCAAAAAAUAUAUUUUUAAAAUUAUUUUUUUAAAAAAUAACUAAUUUUUUUCUCAGACCCCAAUUUUUGUUUUUCACCUCUUGCACCUUGGGAAUCUGUCAAUUCCUGCCCUCAGCCUUCCUUACCUCCUAUAGACUUCCCUGAUCCACAUACCUCCAGUCUUUGACUUCUCAUCUCUCCAGCCCUACUGAAUUGUAUAUUAAGCCCCUUUCCUCUACUUACAUGCAAGUAAGUCACGUGCAGGCUUUUAAAGCAAUCAUGAAACAUUGAUUUGUUUAGUAUUUUCUUUAAGUUGAUGAAUUACAAAUAAAUGCAGUUUUUGAAAAAGAUGUUUUAUAGGAAAACCUCGGAAAAAAUAAUUCACAAUAUUAAUCAAUGCAUUAAUUCAUUUAAGUGUUACAUUAUUUUCUUGAUAAAUAAUUAUUAUGUUCUUUUCCCCAGGCAUUUGAACACUUGACUGCUUUAGAAUUUGUGAAGUCAUUGGACAGCUUGGCCAAAAAUACUCCUAAAGAAUACAAACUUGUUACCUUAUUAGUAGAUCCAAUGCAAAUAAAUGAUGCUCUCCAAAGAUACCCAGACUGUCCAACUGAAGUGAAGCAGUGGGCGAUGACUGCUGUUGUAUAA